GUUCGAUUUAAUGCGUUACCUACUGUAGAUUUGCACAUUUCCAACCUCAAUCUUCCACUUUCAACAGUCGAUGAUUUGUCAUUUGUUGUUUGAUAAUAAGUGUUGGUUCAUCUUAUGUCGUCGUGGCAUUCCGGCUGGUUCUUCUGUGAAGGCUUAUAGACAGUGAUCAACACCUAACAGAAGUUUAUUUUAAGGGUGCCUCAAAUCCGUCAAAAUCUGGGUUUUUACCCUAUCAAUGUUAUCAAUUUCUCUAAUUUGUCUCCUAACAGUAAUCGUAUCACCGCAUAUCAGAUGUGAAGUUUUCGAGUUAGAUAACAGGUUUGUCGAUUUUAUUGAAAGGGGUCCUUGGCUUGUUCAGUUUUAUGCUCCUUGGUGUGGGUUUUGUCGCCGUCUCGCUAGUACAUACGAAGAAGCGAGUAAAUUACUGUUUCAUUUGGAACCUUCAAUUAAAGUUGCAAGGCUUGAUGCCACAGUUUAUACUGGAAUAGCCAAGAUGUUUGAUGUACGAGGAUUUCCGACGAUCAAGUAUAUUAACGGCACGGUUACAUACACGUUUAUGGGCGAUCGGACUGUUAAAGGUCUUGUUACUUUUGCUCAAAGAGCCAAUGGACCAGCAGUAAAACAUUUUGAUGAAAGUUAUGAAUUCGAAAAACGUAUAAAACAGUUGAGUUUGGAUGAACCGUUUUUCUUCUUACUUGAUUCAACUAGUUCUACACUACAGAAGGAGACAUUUCUGGAAGUGGCUGAACAACUGCGUGUAUUCUCAUGGUUUUUCAGUGGUCCCAUGAGCGUUCUAACUCAUCCUUAUAGUGAACUACUGAAAUCAUCCAGUAGUAUUUAUACAGAAAUUCUAGUUUUUAAAGAUUCCAAUAUUUAUUCUUAUCCUGGUUUAUUAUCAAAUGAAAAUCUACAAAUUGCAAAUAAUAAAUCAGAAUUAUACCAAGAUUUAUUACUUUGGGUGUUACGUGAAAGGCAGCCUAGUUUCCCCAAAUUAUCCAGCUCUGAUUGGUGGCAAUUCGCUUCAGAUGAAUUGUUGAACAAUAAUCAAGAUAAUAGUAAUAUUUCAGUUCAAUCAACUUAUCCAAUCUCUUAUGCAAGUCCAUUACACUCAUAUCGAAAUUAUCGUCUACUUGGAUUAUUUACUGUAGAUCAAGUAUCAGAAGAUAGUUUCCCAUCCAGAGUGUUAAAAUUUGGAGAAAAUUUGGCACUUAAACGUUUAUCACAUAUAAUACGAUAUUUUCAGCUUGCAUGGACUAAUGAUUUAGAAACUUUAGAAGAUUUAGCUAUGGGAUCGAUAAUUACACCUAAUUUCAUUGUUUUAGAUCCUGUUACUCGUGAAUUGUUUUUAUAUUUAUCGAAUCAUUAUUCAUCUAAUUCAUUAUUACUUGAUGAAAGUAAUCUUAUCAACUUUUUAAUGCUUGUCAAUGAUGGCAAAGUGAAGGCUAUUGGUGGCAAUACCAUUCUUAUAAGGUUACAACGAUUAGGAUACAAUUUCAUAAUCAGUUUCUCUAAAUUUCUUCUAAAUCGACCAUUGAUGGCAUUAUUGAUACUUGGUGUACCAAUUAUUAUGUUCAGUGGUAUCAUCUAUUUAUGCUGUUGUUUAGAUACAAAUUAUUCUAUGUCUAAUGAUAAUUAUAUUGACUUUGAUAAACAUAUCAAAAUUAAUAAUUAUGUUAUAAAUAAAAACAUAAAAUAUUUAUCAAAUGAAAAUUCUACAGAAAUUGAUCAUUCUACUAAUACACUUAUUCAUACAAAUUCAUGUUACAUAAAUACUGAUAUGAAUUCAAUAAAUAAUAUUAUACGUUUCCGUAAUAUUCAUACUACUUGUUCACCUCCUUUACUAAAUCGUCUACAUGGUAAAAAAACUCAAAGUAUUGGUCCUGUUUAUUCAGAAGAAGAAUUGAAACAGAGAAUUCAAGAUUCUCGUGAAAAACGCAAGAAAUAAAAAGAGGGAAUAAACUGAUAUUGUACACCUUCACUCACUCACUCACUCACUCACUCAUAACACAAAUGAAAAUGUACACGUAGAUACUACCACUGUGUUAGAUAGAUGCAUAAUAAAAAUUCCUUUUUGCAUUUUAUAAUACUGAUAAGUAUACUACUUAUUACCUGUUCUCAACACUUCUUAGGUGUAUCACUUUUUUUUAAAAUAUAUUCUUUCGUGACCUAUUUUCAAUUUUCUUUAAUGAUGGCUACAUUUUUCUCUUUGAUCAUUUUAUCAAAAGCAACUGACAUUUGUUUGUUUGUGUGUGUGUGUGUGUAUCUCUUCAUUUUGUCUAUUGUUUAUUUUCAUAGAUUAUUGUUCUUGUUCUUGUUCAACUUAAUUUUCGUUUGAAGUGUAUUGUAUUGUUUGUUUUUUUAUUUGUUUAUGUUUGCAUAACUAUUUUGUCUGAAAUUUUUCUUAUACGGUAUCCUUUUGAGAAAACAAAACAAAAAAAAAACUAUUUCUGUGCAUUUUUAACCUUUUUUUUCAAGUUUUUUUUUCGUAUUUGAUACUUUCUUCCUGUAUUAGUGGUAUCGUCAACUUGUGUAAUUAAUCAACUUUGUAAGUCGAAAUUCAUUUAUCAGCUUUGUACGCACAAUCAUUUAUGUAGGCGAUAAGCCAUACACGUAUAGUAUGAAGGCUAAUAAUACUGCUAACUGGGUGCUUAAAUGUUUAUAAAUGGAGGAGCGGUGUUCGGAC